AUGGAACUGGGAAGGAGGAAUACCAAGAAAUACACUUUCAAAUGUCCUGACUUAACAGAGUUGAAGAAGCUUGGUUUUAUGAUAGUUAGUCCAGAGGAUUUCAGAGCUAGUCCAGAGGAUUUCAGAGCUCAGUAUGGAAGACUUAUGGGUAUCUUGAAGAUCAAGGUUGAAGAUGGAGUUCUGAACACACUGGUACAGUUUUAUGAUCCACUAUACCAUUGCUUUAUGUUUCCAGACUACCAGCUUAUGCCUACUCUAGAAGAAUACUCUUAUUGGUUUAGUUUGCCAGUCUUUGACAAAUUACCAUUCAGUGGUUCAGAGAAGACCCCUACAUCAGCAGCUAUUGCAGAAGCACUUCACCUAGAAACGUCUGUUGUGAAGCACAACUUCACUAAAAAAGGAGGGAUUCUAGGUCUAACCUCUAGAUUCCUGUUGGAGAAAGCCUUUAUCUUUGCAGAAGCAGAUAGUAGAGAUGCCUUUGAAGACAUUUUUGCUCUACUCAUUUAUGGAAUUGUACUCUUCCCAAACAUUAAAGACUUCGUGGAUGUUAAUGCUAUACGAAUCUUCUUAAUUGAUAACCCAUUACCCAUAUUACUUGGAGAUACCUACCAUUCUAUCCAUCACAGGACUAAGAAAGGUGGUGAAACCAUUCUUUGUUGUGCACCUCUCCUAUAUAAGUGGUUUAUUUCUCACUUGCCCAGAUCCAGGCUCUUCAGGGAGAAUCCGCAGAAGCUCAGAUGGUCCCAAAGACACCAGUUAGGAUAUCCUAUGGCAGAUAAACCCAACAACCUUUUGUUGUCAAGUUUCUUUUACCUCAACGACGAAGAGAGUUCCGGUUUGAAGGAUAGAAUCAUACAUGCUUGGCACAACAUUCACAGAAAAGGAAAAGACCGAUUAGGAAGAAAGAACUGUGUUGCUUUUGAGCCCUACACCCGAUGGGUUUGUGCUAGAGCCAAUGAACUUAAGAUGCCAUAUGCUCUUGAGAAGCCCCCAUUUCCUUAUGCUAUAACAUCAUCAUCCACCAUUACUAUUGAGAAUAGGGAAGAGUUUCAAGAAAUUUUGGAUAGGUUGAAAUUGGAAAGAGACACUUGGGAAGGCAAGUACCAUGUCUUGAAUGAUAAGAAGAUGAAGAUGGAGCAACAACUAAAGGAGAAGGAUGAUUUGAUUGAGAUUUUGGAACAACAAGCUGUGAAGAAACAGGAGGAACAAGAAGGUUUACUUCUCUCUAAAGUCCAACCUUUUCAUGAAUACUCCAGCAUACCUCCCACCUCAGGUGCUUGGAAGGGAAUCGUCGACAAGCUUAUGAUCGAGAAUGCUCAGCUAAAGAGGCAAAAAAGGAAGCAUUAG